GGAAGACAUCGGUGGCUGCGGGAGUCGUAUUAUUAUCCAAAAGAAGGACCUGGAGGAGGAUGAGAGCGUUACUGCUGCACACCUAAAAGUCAAGGGGGAGAAGCCCGAGGAAGAUUGACCAAUUUUGUAAUUCUAGAAACAUGGUCCAUGGAUCAGUGACAUUCAGGGAUGUGGCCAUUGACUUCUCUCAGGAGGAGUGGGAGUGCCUGCAGCCUGAUCAGAGGACCUUGUACAGGGAUGUGAUGUUGGAGAACUACAGCCACCUGAUCUCACUGGGAAGUUCCAUUUCUAAACCAGAUGUGAUUACGUUACUAGAGCAAGAGAAAGAGCCCUGGAUGGUUGUAAGGAAAGAAACAAACAGACGGUAUCCAGAUUUGGAGUCAAAAUAUGGACCUGAGAAAGUAUCUCCAGAAAAUGAUGCCUCUGAAGUAAAUUUACCUGAACAGGUUAUAAAGCAAAUAAGUACAACUCUUGGCCUUGAGGCCUUUUAUUUUAGAAAUGACUCAGAAUAUAGAAGAUUUGAGGGACUACAGGGAUAUCAAGAAAGACAUAUCAAUCAAAAGAUGAUCAGCUAUGAAAAACUGCCUACUUAUACUCCUCAUGCUUCUCUUUUUUGCAAUACACAUAAACCGUAUGAAUGUAAGGAAUGUGGGAAAUACUUUAGUCGUAGUGCAAAUCUUAUUCAGCAUCAGAGUAUUCAUACUGGAGAGAAACCCUUUGAAUGUAAGGAGUGUGGGAAAGCCUUUCGACUUCACAUACAAUUUACUCGACAUCAGAAAUUUCAUACUGGUGAGAAACCUUUUGAAUGUAACGAAUGUGGAAAGGCCUUUAGUCUUCUUACCCUGCUUAAUCGCCAUAAGAACAUUCACACAGGUGAGAAACUGUUUGAAUGUAAGGAAUGUGGGAAGUCCUUUAAUCGUAGUUCAAACCUUGUUCAACAUCAGAGUAUUCAUUCUGGUGUAAAACCAUAUGAAUGUAAGGAGUGUGGGAAAGGCUUUAAUCGUGGUGCACACCUUAUUCAGCAUCAGAAAAUUCAUUCCAAUGAGAAACCUUUUGUAUGUAGGGAAUGUGAGAUGGCCUUUAGAUAUCAUUGCCAACUUAUUGAACAUUCUCGAAUUCAUACUGGUGACAAGCCAUUUGAAUGUCAAGACUGUGGGAAGGCCUUCAAUCGUGGCUCAAGCCUUGUUCAACAUCAGAGUAUUCACACUGGUGAGAAGCCCUAUGAAUGUAAAGAGUGUGGGAAGGCUUUUAGACUUUACCUACAACUUUCCCAACAUCAGAAAACUCACACAGGUGAGAAACCAUUUGAAUGUAAGGAAUGUGGGAAAUUCUUUCGUCGUGGUUCAAAUCUUAAUCAACAUCGAAGUAUUCAUACUGGAAAGAAACCCUUUGAAUGUAAGGAAUGUGGGAAAGCCUUUCGACUUCAUAUGCACCUUAUUCGACAUCAGAAAUUGCAUACUGGUGAGAAACCCUUCGAAUGUAAGGAGUGUGGGAAAGCCUUUCGACUUCAUAUGCAACUUGUUCGACAUCAGAAAUUGCAUACUGGUGAGAAACCCUUUGAAUGUAAGGAAUGUGGCAAGGCCUUUAGUCUUCACACCCAGCUUAAUCGCCAUCAGAACAUUCACACAGGUGAGAAGCCACUUGAAUGUAAAGAAUGUGGGAAGUCCUUUAAUCGUGUCUCAAACCUUGUUCAACAUCAGAGUAUUCAUGCUGGUGUAAAACCAUGUGAAUGUAAGGGGUGUGGGAAAGGCUUCAGUUGUGGUUCAAACCUUACUCAGCAUCAGAAAAUUCAUUCCAGUGAGAAACUCUUUGUAUGCAAGAGUGGAGGAACCCUUAGAUAUCAUUACCAACUUAUUUAACAUUACCGAAUUCAUAUUGGUAAAAAACCCUUUGAAUGUAAAGAAUGUGGAAAGGCCUUCAGUUUUCUGACACAGCUUGCUGGACUUCAGGUCAUUCAUACUGGCGAGAAGCCAUUUGAAUUUGAGAAAUGUGGGAAGGCCUUCAGUAGUGGCUCAAACCUUGUUCAACAUCACAGUAUUCAUACUGGUGAGAACUAUGAAUGUAAGGAGUGUGGGAAAACUUUCAGAUUUAGUUUGGUCCUGACUGCACAUCAAAGAAUUCAUACUGGUGUGAAACCCUGUGAAUGUACAGAAUGUGGGAAGACCUUUAGUUAUAGCUCAAACAUUGUUCAACAUGUUAAAAUUCAUACUGGUGAGAAACCCUAAUAUAAGGAAUGUGGGAAAGCAUUUACUGUGGAUGAUCAGCUGUCUCAACAUCAGAAAAUUCAUAAUAGUUAAAAAUUUUGUGACUAUAAGGGGUGUGGACAAGCCUUCACGUGUAUGAAAAAUUUACUCAACACCAGAAGCUCAUAUUGAUGAGAAAUCUUGUGAACAUAAAAGAAUGUGUGAAGAACUUUCAUCAUGGCCUGGGAUUUGCUCAACUUCUGAGUAUUCAUACUUCCGAGAAAUCUUUGAGUAUAAGGAAUGUGGGGCGUUUUAUAGCCACACUAAAUACCUUAGAGUUCGGAGAAGAUAAUUCUUGUGAGAAAGUCUUUGAAUGAGGAAUAUAGGGUAGUUGUCAUGUUCACAAUAUACUCCCUAUGAAAUGAUUUACCAGAUACAGGCAUACCUCGCUGAAUUGUGCAUUGCAGUUAUUGUGUUUUAUACAAACUGAAGGUUUGUGGCAACCCUGUGGUAAGCAAGACGAUCAGGUCCAUUUUCCCAACAUCAUUUGUGCAUUUCAUGUCUUUAUGUCACAUUUUGGUAAUUCUCAGAAUAUUUCAAACUUUUUCAUUGUUAUAUAUCUAUCAUGGUGAUCAAUGACCAGUGAUUUUUGAUGUUACUAUUGUAAUUGCUUUGGGAUACCACAAAUCCUGCCCAUAAAAGAUGGUAAACCUAGUUGAUACUUGUUGUGGGUUUUGAAAGAAUAGUCAAAUAUACAAUCAUACGCCCCAACCUAGAUUCAAAAUUGUUAACAAUUUGCACUUUUAUUUUCUGUAUAUUUGUUGUACCAUUGAGUAUAAGUUUUAGACAUCAUGAUACUUUACCCUUUAUUUAAUCAACAUGUGUAUCAACCAAACAUAAAUACAAUAUCAUAUAGCCAUUGUACCAUAAUUACCCUUAAGGAAAGUAUUCAUAAUUCUGUAAUAUCA